AUGGAUCAAGGCAUGGUCAGUAACUUGAUUGUGGAGAAUUGGAAAGUUGGGUUGAGGUUGAAGAAGGCUGAGGUCAAGUUGGUGACAAGCGAGGGAAUUGCUGGGUUGGUGAAGAAAAUUAUGGAUUUGGAGGAUGAAGAAAAGAAGGAAAUGAGGAGAAUAGCUAGAGAGGUUAAGAAGAUAUGCUAUGGUGCCAUUGCAGUAGGUGGGUCAUCUGAGACCAUCAAUGCCUUCAUCAGAAGCAUUUCUCAAGGCCAUGAGCAUUAA